GCGGAGCCGCCGGGGCCCCAGGAAGGCGGGCAGGAGGCAGGCAGGCAGGCGGCCGAGAGACAAGGAGGGAGGCUGCAGGCAGGCAGGCAGGCAGGAGCCAGCCCGGGGGGGGCCAGGAAGGCAGGCGCAGAGCGCCCCCCUCCCCAAGCUGUGCCUCCGCGCCCGCCCCGCCCCGCCUGGGGAGGGGGCACUGAGGAACAGGAGCAGGAGCAGGAAGAGAGACCCCGGCCCCGCCGCAGCCCCGCCCCCAGACCCCUGCGCCUCGCUGGGGGGUCAUCCCCCCCCCCGGGGCUGGCCAUGCAGCGUCCCCGAGGGAGCCCCGCCUCUCGCUCCCCCCAGCGCACCAGCGUACCCCCCAGAGCAUGAACAUUGAGGAUGGCUCGUCCUUGCAGCUCCCCGUGGCCCCUGCUGCUCCCCGGGAGGAUGUCCUGGCCCCGAGGGGCCCUGCUCUUCCUCUGGCUCUGCUCCCCCCAGCUGGGGGGUGGUGGGGGAGGCGCAGCCCUGGCAGCAGCGGCUGGAGGGGGAUCCCCACCGGCCACGUCCUGCCCGGCAGCCUGUUCCUGCAGCAACCAGGCCAGCCGGGUGAUCUGUACUCGACGGGAACUGGCUGAGGUCCCAGCCAGCAUCCCCGUCAACACGCGAUACUUGAACCUCCAGGAGAACGGGAUCCAGGUGAUCCGGACCGAUACCUUUAAACACCUGCGGCAUCUGGAGAUCCUUCAGCUGAGCAAGAACCUGGUGCGGAAGAUUGAGGUGGGCGCCUUCAACGGCCUGCCGAGCCUCAACACGCUGGAGCUCUUCGACAACCGGCUGACCACGGUGCCCACGCAGGCCUUCGAGUACCUGUCCAAGCUGCGGGAGCUGUGGCUGCGCAACAACCCCAUCGAGAGUAUCCCCUCGUACGCCUUUAACCGCGUGCCGUCGCUGCGGCGGCUGGACCUGGGGGAGCUCAAGAGGCUGGAGUACAUCUCGGAGGCCGCCUUCGAGGGGCUCGUCAACUUGCGUUACCUCAACCUGGGCAUGUGCAACCUGAAGGACAUCCCCAACCUGACGGCGCUCGUGCGCCUGGAGGAGCUCGAGCUGUCGGGCAACCGGCUGGACCUGAUCCGGCCGGGCUCCUUCCAGGGCCUCACCAGCCUGCGCAAGCUCUGGCUGAUGCACGCCCAGGUGGGCACCAUCGAGCGCAACGCCUUCGACGAUCUCAAGUCCCUGGAGGAGCUCAACCUGUCGCACAACAACCUCAUGUCCCUGCCCCACGACCUCUUCACGCCCCUGCACCGGCUGGAGCGGGUGCACCUCAACCACAACCCGUGGCACUGCAACUGCGACGUGCUCUGGCUCAGCUGGUGGCUCAAGGAGACGGUGCCCAGCAACACCACGUGCUGCGCCCGCUGCCACGCGCCAGCCGGCCUCAAGGGGCGCUACAUCGGGGAGCUGGACCAGUCCCACUUCACCUGCUACGCGCCGGUCAUCGUGGAGCCCCCGACGGACCUCAACGUCACCGAGGGCAUGGCGGCCGAGCUCAAGUGCCGCACAGGCACCUCCAUGACCUCCGUCAACUGGCUCACCCCCAACGGGACGCUGAUGACCCACGGCUCGUACCGAGUCCGCAUCUCCGUCCUGCACGACGGCACCCUCAACUUCACCAACGUCACCGUCCAGGACACGGGCCAGUACACGUGUAUGGUGACAAACUCGGCCGGCAACACCACGGCCUCCGCCACCCUCAACGUCUCGGCCGUGGACCCCGUGGGGGCGGGGGGGCCAGGCGGACCCGGGGGCUCCAGCGGCGGAGGCUACACGUACUUCACCACGGUGACGGUGGAGACGCUGGAGACGCAGUCCGGGGACGAGAUCCUCCUGCCCCGCGGGACCGAGAAGGAGCCUCCGGGGCCCACGACGGACGGCGGCUGGGGGGGGCCCCGAGGCCCCAGCGACGUGGGGGGGCCCGCCUCCUCGUCCACCACGGCGCCGGCCCCGCGCUCCUCCCGGCCCACGGAGAAGGCGUUCACGGUCCCCAUCACGGACGUGACCGAGAACGCGCUCAAGGACCUGGAUGACGUCAUGAAAACCACCAAGAUUAUCAUUGGCUGCUUCGUGGCCAUCACCUUCAUGGCGGCCGUGAUGCUGGUGGCCUUCUACAAGCUCCGGAAGCAGCACCAGCUCCACAAGCACCACGGCCCCACGCGCACCGUGGAGAUCAUCAACGUGGAGGACGAGCUGCCCGCCGCCUCCGCCGUGUCCGUGGCCGCCGCCGCCGCCGCGGCCGGCGUGGGCGGGGGUGGGGACAGCCAUUUGGCCCUGCCCGCCCUGGAGCGUGACCAUCUCAACCACCACCACUAUGUGGCCGCUGCCUUCAAGGCCCACUACAGCAGCAACCCGGGGGGCGGGGGCUGCGGGGGCAAGGGCCCCCCCGGGCUCAACUCUAUCCACGAACCUUUGCUCUUCAAGAGCGGCUCCAAGGAGAACGUGCAAGAGACACAGAUCUGAGGGCCCGGGGUGACCCAGGGGCAGCUCCCUGGCGUGGAGGGGGCGUCGUCGGGGCGGGGAACUCGGCCCCCGAUCUCCCCACUGAGGAGGGGAGGCUGGACCCUCGGACCCUUGGACCCUUGACUCACCCCCGCCCCUGUCCUCUGGGACGUGAAACCCUCCCGACGCCCUGCAGGGAAGGGGGGGAGGGGCACCCUGACCAUUUGACUCCUGGUUUGCAUCCCCGACUCCCCCACAGUGGGAAGCCCUGGUAGGGAUGGGAGUGUUGGGGGGGGAGGGGAUGGGAGCAACAUGGAGCCUGGACCUUGUUGGGGAUUCCAACGUAGCUGCCCCCACCCUCUCUAUAGCACCACGGGAUGUGGGAUUUGGAAGAGGUCUUUUCUCACCCUCCCCGACUCCCCCAAUCCACCACCCCUACCCCCUGCCAACCUUCAAGGGGAGAGCUUUUUGGAGGGGCCCUCUCCCCCCACCCAUCCCCCAACAACCCCCUUUUAUGGUUCAUUUUUGCAGUUUGAUGCCUUUCCCUCCCUCCGGUCCUUCCCUCUCAACCGAAGAGACAGACCGAAUCACCUGAGCUCCUCCUCCCCCCGGCCUGGUCCCUACCACAUGCUAAGCUCCAAGCCCUGGCCUAGCCCACCCUGCCCAUCGGCUGGGGGGAGGGGGGAGCCCCAGUCCCCUGCCCCCCCCACCAAAAUCCUUCCCUUCCCCAAACCUGCUCCAUAGACUUUUUUGAUACUGAAGGGAGGUGUGUGUCGAUGACUACCCUGCUCUGUAAUUACUUUAAAAAAAAAUGAAAAAGUAAAAAAAUUUUUUUG